AUGAAGUUCUUUAUUGACGACCUACCUAUAAUCUUCCCUUAUGACCGAAUAUAUCCCGAACAAUAUGCGUACAUGUGUGACCUCAAACGUACGCUCGAUGCGACAGGACACUGUCUGCUCGAGAUGCCGUCAGGGACCGGGAAGACAGUGUCUUUGCUAUCUCUCAUUGUAUCAUAUCAACAGUUCUACCCUACGAAACGGAAACUAAUUUACUGCUCGCGGACGGUCCCUGAGAUCGAGAAAGCCCUUGCGGAACUCAAACGUCUGAUGGAUUACCGCAAAGAGCAUGCGGAAACGGAAGAGCAGCGAGAGAAGGAAGCCAGCUUCUACGGCAUCGGCUUGACAAGUCGGAAAAACCUUUGCAUACAUCCCGAGGUAUCAAAAGAGAAGAAGGGCAAGGUGGUCGAUGCUCGAUGUCGAGACCUCACAAACGCCGCCGCCUGUCAAAAAGGCCGCGAAAAUCCUGGGUCUGUAGACCUUUGCGACUGGCACGAGGAGCUAGGCAAGUUGGAGCCUGGCAACCUGAUUCCUCCAGGCAUCUGGACCCUCGCCGACGUCCUGCAGCACGGUCGGGACAACCGUGUAUGCCCAUACUUCCUCGUUCGUCGCAUGAUGCCGUUUGUGGACGUGAUCAUCUACUCCUUCCACUACCUGCUCGAUCCGAAAGUCGCGGAGCAGGUGUCCAAGGAGAUAACCAAGGACGCCAUCGUCGUGUUCGACGAGGCCCACAACAUCGAUAACGUGUGCAUUGAAUCGCUGAGCAUCGACCUCACACGGCCGAUGCUUGAUUCGGCUGCACGAAGCGUCGUGCGACUAGGGGACAAGAUCGACGAAAUUAAGAAGACCGAUGCGUCCAAAUUGCAGGACGAAUACAUGCGAUUAGUCGAAGGCCUGCAGGAGGCCAACGACGCGGAAGACGCCUUUGUGUCUAAUCCCGUGCUCCCGGAGGACCUGUUGAAGGAGGCGAUCCCUGGGAACAUCCGCAAGGCUGAACAUUUCGUGGCGUUCCUCAAGCGCUUCGUCGAGUACCUAAAGACCCGCAUGCGGGUGCUGCAUGUCGUGGCGGAGACGCCGCUCUCGUUUCUGCAGCACCUGAAGGACAUUACGUACAUCGAGCGGCGGCCGUUACGUUUCUGCGCGGAGCGCCUGCAGUCGCUAGUGCGCACCCUCGAGGUCAACCGCGUAGACGAGUUCUCGUCCCUGCAGAAGGUCGCGAGCUUUGCAACGCUCGUCGCCACGUACGAGAAAGGCACGUUAUACCCUUUAGCCUUUCCGUACGAAACGGAGGCUGCGACCGUCCCGAAUCCGAUUUUCCAUCUUACCUGCCUGGACCCCGCCAUCGCGAUCAAGCCGGUGUUCGAGCGGUUCAGCACGGUCGUCAUCACCUCAGGGACGCUCUCGCCGCUCGACAUGUACCCGAAGAUGCUGCAGUUCACCCCGGUCGUCCAGGAGACGUACGCCAUGUCGCUCACGCGCAACUCGUUCCUGCCGCUCGUCAUCACGCGCGGGAGCGACCAGGUCGCGAUCAGCUCGCGGUUCGAGGUGCGGAACGACCCCGCGGUCGUGCGCAACUUCGGGAGCAUCCUCAUCGAGUACAGCAAGAUCGUGCCGGACGGCAUCGUCGCGUUCUUCCCGAGCUACCUGUACAUGGAGUCCAUCGUCGCCGCGUGGAACGACAUGGGCAUCCUGAACGAAGUCUGGAAGCACAAGCUGAUUUUCGUCGAAACCCCGGACGCGAACGAGACGAGCAUCGCGCUUGAGAAUUACCGCAGGGCAUGUGACAACGGCCGAGGCGCAGUGCUGCUGUCUGUCGCCCGUGGCAAGGUCUCCGAAGGCAUCGAUUUUGAUCACAAUUACGGCCGUGCGGUCAUCAUGUUUGGCGUGCCGUACCAAUAUACCGAGAGCCGAAUUCUGAAGGCGCGGUUGGAGUACCUCAGAGACGCGUACCGCAUCCGCGAGUCCGAGUUCCUCGGCUUCGACGCGAUGCGGAACGCCGCACAGUGCGUCGGGCGUGUCCUGCGCGGUAAGACCGACUGGGGUCUCAUGGUCUUCGCAGACAAGCGGUUCGCGCGGGCGGACAAGCGCGCGAAGCUGCCGCGGUGGAUCAACCAGUACAUCACCGAAACGGCGGCGAACCUGUCGACGGACAUGGCGCUCACGCUCUCGAAGCAGUUCAUGCGCGUGAUCUCGCAGAACCCGAACGAGAACCAGACGGGGAUCUCGCUCUGGACGCUCGCGGACGUCGAGAAGGCGCAGGCGAAGCAGCGCGAGCUCGCGCUCGAGCAGGAGGCGGAGCGCCGCGCGACCGCAGCGAAGGCGGCGGCGGCGCACGGGGACGACGGGGAGGACGACGACGAGUACGGGGACGGGGGGCUGGACGACGCGGCGGUGGGCGCGCUGGACCUCGACGUAUGA